CUAUCAAUCAGACAGCCUUUGCACGGUCCUGUGGGUAACAUUCAAAAUGGCGUUCCUGUGCCGUCUUUGGAAUAGCGUCCUCAGAUGACCAGAUAAACAAUACAAUAUUCGACUCUAUCCUGCAAAGAAAGGAAGAACGAGCCCUUAGGUACCUUGCUUGAGUAUUUUUAUUUUUGUUCGAGAUUCUGCAAUCGCCUGAAGGGGUUUAGAAUUUGGUCCGUGAGUCUAUUAUCAGCGCUGUUGUGUUUUGAGUUCUCGUCUACCAACAUUAACACAAGAACACAAGGAAAUUCCAAACGCCAACGCUUUCCUCUCGAGAGAAUGGUCGCAUUUUUAUGUCAGAAACAAGACUAAAGUGUCCAGAUAUGAUUUGAAUAAUUGCGAGAAAGAUUUGAGUCUAGUGUGACAGUGAUGAGGAGAAUUAAGCGAGCCUUAUCGCUUCGAGGCUUAAAAAGCGAAGAUGUUCUCUCAGAAUUAGAAGAACAAAUUGCUACAGACGGUAAUGGUCGAAAUAAUGGAUUUGAUUCAAAUGACAGUGCAUUUACAGAUGAAAAAGUAUCCCAGGGUGACACCACCUACAGUAGGCCAGUUAUGAGAAUUAAACCACGAUCCAAAUCGACUCUCUCUUCUUCUGGAGGACCAAGCAAGCGGUUCUCUCUACCAGUCCUCCAUUAUGGUGCAUCUUUGAAUGAUCUCUCAUUGAGCAGAAGUCCCAAAUCUGCACAGAAAAGUGCUAGUUUUGAUCAAUAUCCCUCCAUAGACAAUCAAACUAACAACGUUAGUAGGACAUCAAGACGUCUAUCCUUGUCUGAAUUAGGUUAUGGAAAAAUGGAAACUUACACCAAGCUAGACAAACUAGGAGAGGGAACAUAUGCUACAGUAUUUAAAGGCAAAAGCAAAAUAACAGAUAACUUAGUUGCACUCAAAGAGAUUAGGCUGGAACAUGAAGAGGGGGCUCCCUGUACUGCUAUCAGAGAAGUUUCACUACUGAAGGAUCUCAAACAUGCUAAUAUCGUAACACUCCAUGACACAGUGCACACUCAUAAAGCACUGACUUUGGUUUUUGAAUAUCUGGAGAAAGACCUGAAGCAGUACAUGGAUAAUUGUGGAUCAAUAAUGAGUAUGAAUAAUGUUAGGGUAUUUUUAUUUCAACUUUUAAGAGGACUUGACUACUGUCACAAAAGAAAGGUGUUACACAGGUAUAGACCGCCAGAUGUGCUACUUGGUUCGACAGCUUAUUCAACACAAAUAGACAUGUGGGGCGUUGGAUGUAUAUUUUAUGAAAUGGCUACUGGCCGACCUCUGUUUCCCGGUUCAACAGUUGAGGACGAACUUCAUUUAAUUUUCAAGUUGCUCGGAACUCCCACGGAGGAAUUCUGGCCAGGAAUCUCAACUAAUGAAAUAUUUUUAGCUGGAACAUUUCCUAUCUAUCCGAGAGAACAUUUAAUAAACCAUGCUCCAAGACUGGACAAUUCUGGUCUAGAAUUGCUGGAAAUGUUUUUAGAGUAUAGCGUCAAAUCAAGAAUAUCAGCCCAUGAUGCCAUGAGACACGAAUACUUUUAUAGUUUUGGUCCGAAAGUUCUCGAACUGGACGAUCUUCAGUCAAUUUUUACGAUAGAAGAAAUUCGAUUAACCAAAGAUCCUGGAUAUAGAACCACCGCUAAAGGCACAGGGGGUCCCACCAAAAGACGUCAAAGUAUGCUGUUUUAGAAAAUAUACAAUACUAUAUGGUUCACAUUACGAAUAUCGGCAAAAUAUUUACACUAUUCAGAAUGGAAGGCAUUUCCUGCUACCUAAAUACAAGUAUAGCUGUGGAGACCAUCCUUGAAUCCAGGCCAGCACGUUUUGAAUCGUUGGUAAGAGGUACAAAGGCACUAGCAAAGAGUCAUAUUUGUCCGCAAAUGAUGCUGACAACGCGAAGUAAUCAAAAAGGAAUUUAUAAUAUGAUUUUGUUGAUUUGGAGAUCACACAAUCUCAGGCUGGACCGUGACAAGCUGAUGUCACGCAACAUGCAUUUACGGCAUAUUUUAUAGUCACUCUUUAUCGGGAAUCAAGUAUCGCGUUCCUAUUUUUCCACGAAGAAAUCGUUCUUAAUUUUUUUAAUUAGAGAUUUUCGUUGUCGUUUUGAAAUUCGAAAAUAUUUUAAUUGGAAUAAUCGCUGUUUUUUAAUAUUAAUUUAUUUGCUCGAAUUUCUUAUUUGAUAAUCUAAAUGUAGAAAUGCCCAACGAAAAUGAAACAAAUUAUGUAAAAAUAAUUGCUGAAUAUAUUUGAAUUUAAAUUUUACAAUUUUUUCGUCAAACUUAAGAUAGUUGUUGAUUUGAUGGCCAUUUUGGACUGCAAUCAAGUCAGAAAUUGAUUGUUAGACUAUAAUUAUCAACUUAGCAAGAGUGGUUUUCAUUCAAAUGAGAAACGUUAGGUACUAACCCUAUUCUUCGUUUGCAAUAGACGUCAUAGCCGCCAUGUUGGAAGAAUUUGACAAAAGAUUUUUAAAUGAAUUCUUUUGUUAUAUCUUCCAACAUGGCGGACAUCCCUUUUGUUAUCGUGCUCUCUUGGGAUUGAUUGCAAACCAAGAAUUACGUACAAGUCAUGGAAUGCCAUUACAGUGAAAUGGCUUCCCAUUGUUUUCGUGUGAAUCACCCAAUCAAAAUGGGCGUCAUUGUUACAAUUAGAUAUGACAUGGCUACAGUGUAGUUACGCCUAUCGUUUCCAUCCCUUAUGAAAACUGCUCCAAACUUACUGAAAAAAUAUUUUCAUAGGGUUUCAAAACUAUUGCUAAUUAUACGACAAAAUGAAAAAUCAAUCAGGAUUAAAAACCUGUCACGCUCUUAGAAUAAAAUUGCAAUUUGGGGGAUAGGGUACAUUAGUUAUAAUACUUAUCAAAAAAUUAAAUAUCGUAUAUGAUUUUUAAUUUCAUUUUCUGGGCCUUUCUGCAUUAGGCGAUAUGGCCUAGCAGGUCACGUGAUUUCUUCCGCCAUGUUUGCAAAUAUGGAGUUCAUAUUCGCUGUAAACCCUUCCGAUUUUCAGAGAAGGCUAGUGUAAUAGAUUAGGAAUACAUUAGAAAUAGAUUAUGCAUAUUAAGUUGAUGGACGCAUUUUGCGUCCAACAAGACGGAAGGCAGUCACGUGACUAAAUGGUAUACAUAUGGCUUAUAAGCUAAGGUAAUAAUAAGCAAAUGGUUUGAUCUUAUCUCAAGGCAUAUUAUCAAAAUUUGAAUUGUUAAUACUUCAUGUGGACGUACCACUAAUAAGGCUGUAAAGUCACUGAAGGUCUUAUUUCAAAUAUGUGAAAUAUCGUACUGAGAGAAAAUAUGGCCAUAACGUAAGUGUCCCCACUAGUUCUAAUUGUCAAGAUGUUGAAUUCGUUGAUAUUACCUCAAUGUUAUCGUAGUAUAGGAAUCAGAGGGGAAAUCUGAUCUGUACAAAUCUUACACGUACUUCUUCUUUUUUGUAAACAAGAUUUUGGCUUGGGGUACCUGUGCUCUGUUUUAGACAGGGAUACCAUGCAAAGAAAAAAGUUGGAUGUAUAUUUCAUUCCUCGAUGACACAAAAAAUUUGCUGGGCAGUAACGUUAAAUACUGUUGCAGCACGAGAAACGCAAAAAAGAAAAUGUUGACCACAUUUAUGAACAAAAAAGUAGUAUGAGGGGUAGAGAAUAUAUAUUGAUUACUAGAAUGUAAUGGGCCCAUUCGGGAUCAUUCUCAGUCUUGUACCCAAAGUCCUCCAGCGCCUUCCUGCUGUUUAGUCAGUGCUUGGUAAGGCAGCCCGCUGACCAAAUACCGAAAGACUCUGGGCUCGAGAUUGGAUCACUUUAGUACCCAGACCCUUCUCAGCAAAGAUGAAGGGUCUGGGUACCAGAAUUAUUCGGGAUCGAAGUAUUAUCAAGAAAACUAGUUGACAACAGACAUGACAGCCAUGUUGGAGGAUAGAGGCAUCAAUAAUCCAUCCAACAUGGCAUUAAGAGCAACGCAAAUAAGUCUCUUUUCUUGAGCAGAAAAACUUCCCGCAAGACUCGAGGUGCCUUUCAUACGUGUUAUUUUUCAAAAGCAAGUUGAUCUUGUAAAAUGAAAUGCAAGAAAGCACGAAAUGUUUGAAAGAGUCUUUCUAGUUUUUUAAAAGCUUUUUAUCAAUAUCCUUUGAGACCAUGUUAACUAAAAGGUUUUGACCAAGGUAUUCGUUUGCUGAUGUUGACAUGACUACACGAAAAGAACGAUUACGGUACGCAGAUUGUGUGGCACAUGUUGAACUAUUAACAGCGAGCGAGCUUACCUACUGGUUUUACAGUUAAAAUAUUGGUACACGUAAUUUGUUGAUUUGAGCGGUUUUGAAUGAGUGGGGAAUUGACGGUACUAACGUACGCCACAUAGUCUACACGGUACGAAAUGCCGUAACAUUAAACUGGCUUCUCGUAGUCUUGCUUUAAUCCAUCCAAGUACAACGCCUGGUAACAGGUACUGUAAGAUACGGCUACGCAUAUGGGUCGUAUCGUUUUCCACCCAUUUGAAAACCGUACCGCUUUAUAGAACGGUGCUCCUUCAGGCAUACAAAAAAGAUCCAAACUCUUUCAUCUCCUACGCGCCAUCUACGCAUCAUCGCGCAGUCUACGCGCCAUCUUGUGUCUCCAAAUUCUGCCGCACCCUAUAUUUCUCACUAUUGUAAUCAGCGAAUUGCUUUAAAAUCAUAGUGCAUAUGUAAGACCUAUUGUAAGACCUAUUCCACAUUACAAAUAAAGUGAAUGUUAUAAAACAUUA